CUGGAGUUGCUUCUGUUUUCAUGGAGGAGAUAGCGGUCCUUGCACUGCAGCAGGUGGAGCUGCCUUGGAUCUAACCCGGGCUUCUGGCUGAGAGCAUCUGAGUAUUACUUUGGGCCGUGAGACAGUUGUCACUUCAAGCUGGCGCUAAUGUAAUUAAAUAUAAAGCUGACUCAAAAAUUUUAAAAAUGGACACAGGAUUUUUUCUUUGCUGUUUUUAUAAGAUCUGGUUUCUAACGUGAAGCAACAUUUUUCCUGAAGGAUUCAACCUAUUUAUAUAAAGGCUUAUUUUUGAACACUAUGGACCUAGAUUAAAUGUCAAAGACAGGCAGCAAGCAGCGCUUACAGAGGCAUUUUUCUGGAAUCUCAGUCACGGAUCGAUUGAAGUGCACAGGGUCUGAAAAAAUGUCUCCUAGCAUAAAAAACUUGGAUUGUUUUUCUCCGAUGCUAUGCCACUGUAAAGUAGCAUGUACCAACAACACAAUAUCUUUAAUGUUUGGAUGUAAGAAAUACCGCUAUCAGGAUGAAGAUACACCCCCACAGGAGCACAGCUCUCCACACAUUGCCAAUGAGGUGACGGGUCCAGAGCUGGUUCAUGUAUCGGAGAAGAAUCUGUCACAGAUCGAGAAUGUCCAUGGAUUUGUUUCCCAUUCUCAUAUUUCACCAGUAAAGGCAAAUCCCCCUCCAGUGCUGGUGAAUACAGAUUCUUUGGAGACUUCAACAUAUGUCAAUGGCACGGAUGCAGAUUAUGAGUAUGAAGAAAUUACUCUUGAAAGGGGAAAUUCAGGACUUGGCUUUAGCAUUGCAGGUGGUACAGACAACCCACAUAUUGGGGAUGAUGCAAGUAUUUUCAUUACAAAAAUUAUAGCCGGCGGUGCAGCUGCACAGGAUGGAAGACUACGGGUUAACGAUUGUAUCCUACGGGUAAAUGAGGUGGAUGUUCGGGAUGUGACACACAGCAAAGCAGUGGAAGCAUUGAAAGAAGCGGGAUCAAUUGUACGAUUGUAUGUCAAAAGAAGAAAACCAGUCACAGAAAAAAUAGUGGAAAUCAAACUUGUGAAAGGCCCCAAAGGUCUUGGCUUCAGUAUUGCUGGUGGUGUAGGAAAUCAGCAUAUACCUGGGGACAACAGCAUUUAUGUAACCAAAAUCAUCGAAGGUGGGGCAGCACAUAAAGAUGGCAAACUUCAGAUUGGAGACAAACUUUUAGCAGUCAACAGUGUUUGCUUAGAAGAAGUUACUCAUGAAGAAGCAGUGACUGCCUUAAAAAACACAUCUGACUUUGUUUAUCUGAAGGUUGCAAAACCCACCAGCGUGUUCAUGAAUGACAGUUAUGCCCCUCCUGACAUCACAAACUCUUAUUCUCAGCCAGUGGAUAACCAUAUCACUCCAUCUGCCUACCUGGGACAGUCCCUGCCUCCAGCAUCACCAGGGCGGUAUUCACCAGUUCCCAAGGGAAUGCUUGGAGAUGAUGAGAUUACCAGGGAGCCUAGAAAGGUCGUCCUACAUCGAGGAUCAACAGGUCUUGGUUUCAACAUUGUUGGAGGAGAAGAUGGAGAAGGAAUUUUCAUCUCUUUCAUCCUUGCAGGAGGGCCAGCUGACCUGAGUGGAGAACUUAGGAAAGGAGAUCGGAUAAUUUCUGUAAAUGGAGUAGAUCUAAAGGCAGCAACCCACGAACAGGCAGCAGCAGCCCUGAAGAAUGCAGGCCAAGCAGUGACUAUUGUAGCUCAGUACCGUCCAGAAGAAUACAGUCGUUUUGAAGCUAAAAUCCAUGAUUUACGGGAGCAGAUGAUGAACAGUAGCAUUAGUUCAGGAUCAGGAUCUUUGCGAACCAGCCAGAAGAGAUCCCUCUAUGUCAGAGCUCUUUUUGAUUAUGACAAGACUAAAGAUAGUGGCCUUCCGAGUCAAGGAUUGAACUUCAAAUUUGGCGAUAUUCUCCAUGUCAUUAAUGCUUCUGAUGAUGAAUGGUGGCAAGCACGGCAGGUAACUCCAGAUGGAGAAAGUGAUGAAAUUGGAGUUAUCCCAAGCAAACGAAGAGUUGAGAAAAAAGAACGAGCCCGUUUGAAGACAGUGAAAUUCAAUUCCAAAACAAGAGGAGAUAAAGGGCAGUCAUUCAAUGACAAGCGUAAAAAGAACCUCUUUUCCCGAAAAUUUCCCUUCUACAAGAACAAGGACCAGAGUGAGCAGGAAACCAGUGAUAUUGACCAGCAUGUAACCUCUAAUGCCAGCGAUAGUGAAAGUAGUUACCGUGGCCAGGAGGAAUAUGUGUUGUCAUACGAACCAGUCAAUCAACAAGAAGUCAGUUACACUCGACCUGUGAUUGUUUUGGGACCCAUGAAAGACAGAAUAAAUGAUGACCUGAUUUCAGAAUUUCCAGACAAAUUUGGCUCAUGUGUUCCACAUACUACUAGACCAAAACGAGAUUAUGAGGUGGAUGGACGUGAUUACCAUUUUGUCACUUCUCGAGAGCAAAUGGAGAAGGAUAUUCAGGAUCACAAAUUCAUUGAAGCUGGCCAGUACAAUAAUCAUCUUUAUGGAACAAGUGUCCAAUCAGUGCGAGAAGUAGCAGAAAAGGGUAAACAUUGCAUUCUUGAUGUUUCUGGUAAUGCGAUCAAAAGGUUGCAGAUUGCCCAGCUGUACCCCAUCUCCAUUUUUAUUAAACCCAAAACAGUGGAAAAUAUCAUGGAAAUGAAUAAACGCUUAACAGAAGAGCAAGCCAGGAAGACAUUUGAGAGAGCCAUGAAACUGGAGCAAGAAUUUACUGAACACUUCACAGCUAUUGUCCAGGGAGACACUCUGGAAGAAAUCUACAACCAAGUGAAACAGAUCAUAGAGGAACAGUCUGGUCCUUACAUCUGGGUUCCAGCAAAGGAAAAAUUAUGAAAACAGAUUUUUAUUUUUCAUUUUCUAACUGACAUCACCUACGACAUCUGACGACUCUUAAGCCCUUCCAGUGGAGCCUGCCUCUAGUUCUUUCCAGCGUGGUUCAUACCCUAACCAUCACAUUCUGCAGUUCCCAUAAUGCUUUACACUUGAUGUCUCUCUUAGUUUAAAUAAUUUGUAUUAUUGUGUGUUGUUGGUUUGCCAUUUUUCAACCAUAACAGUGGAAUGGCCUGACCAGCUAUUAGUUUAGGGUGGGGGUGGGAGGGAAUUGCUUGGUAAAAAUUCCUUAAUGUUUAAGGGAAAGUAACUUUCAAAGAUUUUUCAAAAAAAAGCUUUAUAGACAUUCUUUUAAAAUUUCAUAACAAUUGAAAGAAAAGUUGUAUUCAAGGAAGUUGUAAAUUAUGAGUAACUUUGCACGCUUAACUUUAAUAGCAUGGUUUGGUCAGGGCAAUCAAUUUCAGGUUUUAUUUUCUGAGUUCAGUCCUAUUGUCACGGUAUCUUUUUUUCUUUCCAGGCAGUUAGAAAGAAACUUUCCAAUUUUGAGUUAGCAUUUUCAUUAAGUCCCAUUACUACUCCUAAAGGGAUACUCAUUUUCAUAAUUUCAUACGGAUAUUCUUAUAAUCUAUUUUUUCAUUUUUUGCCAAUAAAAUUGCUAGGGACAAAGAUGUGUAAUGUUUUUAAUCUUCCUUAUGAAACACUAUUUAUAGUGUGUUACAGAAAUUCUUUAUAGAUAAUGGUCAUCACACUUUUUGAGCCUAAAAAUAUGUUUAGGUGCUAGGAAACCUUGUAUUUUUCAGAGGAAUGCCAAAUUUCCAUUGGCAGUGAUUCAGAAAACAGCUGCAGAGAUGGUCAUUAGGGCAGUGAGAGAAUGAUUCAUAGCCUAAAAAUGUGUGUGUUCUUAGGGGUCAGAUUUUAAUGAAUAUUUUACCCACAAUAACUGCCUAUUUUGUUAUAAUAAAUAUAUAUAUAUUAAACUUUCUUUAACUAAACUCUGUAACUAUGGGAAUUAUUUUCUUUACAUAGUUGCGCACACGUAUAAAUAUAUAUAUAAAAAAUAUAUAUUUUUCUUUUACCACCUACUCCUAGCUUUUUGUUU